GAAAUUCUCUGUACCAAAAUCAGACAAGUUGACUGUUAAAGAUAUCUCCAGUGCAACUUUACAGAAAGAUUUCCUGACACUGGAGGAACAGGAAGGGUCAAUUAAUUUUAAAUUUGGUAUAAUUUACGCAAAAACCGGUCAGACGACCGAUAAUGAGAUGCUUAGCAACAAAGCUGGAAGCCCGUGUUUCAAUCAGUUUUUGGAUCUUUUAGGUGAUACGAUUGAUUUGUUUGGUUGGGCCCAUUACAAAGGAGGUCUGGAUACUCGUAACAACGCCACCGGUAGUCAAUCGGUAUACACAGUGUUCGGUGGUCACGAGGUCAUGUUCCAUGUGUCGACAAUGUUACCGUAUUCGGAGGAAAAUAAACAACAGCUGGAGCGAAAGAGACACAUUGGCAACGACAUAGUAACCAUUAUAUUCAUUGAGGAUGAGGGGGCUGACACUGAGGGAGCUCAGGAUCAAGAAUCAGACGACAGAGCUUACCUGUCGGCUCUCUCUUUCACCCCUUCCUCCAUCACCUCUCAUUUCAACCAUAUCUUCGCACUCGUCACUUACUGCAAGUCGCGGGAUUCUUAUCGACUGGUACUCCACUCUGCCGAGAGUAUUCCAAGUUUUGGGCCCCCUCUGCCCCCCGGGGGCGAAUUUGAAGACCACUCUGCUUUUAGGGACUUUUUAUUAGCAAAACUCAUUAAUGGUGAGAAGGCUUCUUACUCUAUCUCUACGUUUGCUGAUAAAAGAGAAAGAACCUUAGGACUUUUAAUGAAGGACAUGGAGCAGAAAUGUGGCUCAGUGUUACGCAAAUCUUUGUCUCAGUUGAAUAUCACAUCGCCUAGCAACAGUAAAAAGUAUGUGGAGCUGCAGCAGUCAUUCAGCGAAGUUGGAAACAGGAUAAAAAUUGAGAAGAUAGUGUCCGGUAAUCACCCAACUAGCCAAAUGAGCACUGCAGUGAAGAAAGAACCCUGGGAGACUACUCUUUUGUUGCAAAGUUUUCCUCAUAAAAUUACCUGCGGGGAUACAUGCG